AUGCCUUUCAACACUGAGCUCACCAGGGCCCUCGGCAUCAGAGUGCCCGUUGUUCAGGGUGGUAUGCAAUGGGUCGGAUACGCUGAGCUUGCUUCCGCUGUCAGCAACGCUGGAGGACUGGGCAUACUUACCGCUCUCACCCAACCCACACCCGAAGACCUGCGCAAAGAGAUCCGACGAUGCAGAACGAUGACCAACAAGCCUUUUGGCGUAAACCUGACCCUCCUCCCUGCCAUGGUGCCUCCGGACUAUGCCGCCUACGCCCGCGUUAUCAUCGAGGAGAAGAUCAACAUUGUUGAGACGGCGGGAAACAGCCCUGGACCAGUCAUCAAGCAGCUCAAGGCUGCUGGCACUAUCAUCCUGCACAAGUGCACUACCAUCAGACACGCACAGUCUGCGGUCAAGCUUGGCGUUGACUUCCUGUCCAUUGACGGCUUCGAAUGCGCUGGACAUGUUGGCGAGACAGACAUUACCAACUUCAUCCUGCUCAGCAGAGCCAGGCAGUCGCUGGGUGGUAUUCCAUUCAUCGCGUCGGGAGGUUUCGCAGACGGUCAGGGUUUGGCCGCCGCGCUGGCUCUCGGUGCCUGUGGUAUCAACAUGGGUACGCGCUUCAUGUGCACUGUCGAAGCACCCAUCCACCACAACAUCAAGCAGGCCAUCGUCGACGCACAAGAAACUGACACCGCUCUUGUCCUUCGGCGUUGGAAGAACACAUCGCGACUUUUCGCAAACAAGGUCGCGCUCCAAGCCGUCGACGUCGAGAAGACCAGCACAACCGGCAAGUUCGAGGAGGUCGCUGAGUUUGUAAGCGGAAAGCGAGGACGUCAAGUAUUCCUGAACGGAGACAAGGACUUUGGUGUAUGGACCGCUGGCCAAGUAAUCGGCCUUAUCCACGACAUCCCCACCAACGAAGAGCUCCUCAACCGUAUCGAACGAGAAGCUGUCGAGACAAUGAAGCAGAACCAAACGCUCUUCAUUGAGGACGGAGAGAAGCCUGUCGCUGAAGGCGCUUCGAUAAACAAGAAGUCGAACAACCCUCAGGCUGAGGUAUGGGGCAUCGGCAAGAGCAAGCUAUAG